CCCCCCUCCUCCAUCCCCAUCCCAAUUCCGCCCCGCUCCAAUCGAUGUCUUGCGUGGCGGUUGCUCCCUCCCUCCCGUCUGCUCACCAGUCCAUGCCGCGACCUUUUCCCCGUUGGGCGUCGCAUCAUGGCGGCUGUCAACCGGAACAUGUUUGACGCGACCGUCACCCCUGACCGCCCGCAUGCCGCGCAGCUCAUGGCCCUGCCCCUCAACCUGAUCGCCCAGGUCGUCUCCAAUGUCGAUGACGCCGGCGAUCUCGCCCGCCUCUGUCGAACAUGCCGAGUCCUCAACUACAUGGCCCUCCCCCAGCUCUACCGCCACAUCACCCUGACCUCCUACGAUAAGAUCCGCUACCGCGAUGACCAGCCCGAGGGUAUGGGCAGCGCCAGCCCCUUCUCCAUGGGCUUGAACGCCAUCAUCACCCGUCCCUAUGCCUCCCUCGUGCGCUCGCUGACCCUCCGCGGCGUCUGGCGCGAGCUGGAGCUGGAGGAGCAUGCGCGCGUCGGCCGCGUGCCGGACUCGGCCAUGAUGCUGAACAUUGCCGUGCGGGCCGCCGUGGACCAGAUGACCGAGCUGGAAAGCUUCAGCUGGGAGCUCAACACCAAGAUGCUGGAGACCGUCUACCUGGGGCUCGCCAAGCUGCCCAAGCUGAAGGCCCUGACCCUGCGCUUCCCGUCCAGUCGGCAUCCCCGGCCCACGAUCGUCAUCCCGCCCAUGCCCCACCUGCGAUAUCUCAAAAUCACCGACAUCGACCCCCUCUGCUACCCGGAUGACAUCUCGACCCUCCUCUGGAAGUGCCGCAAGCUGCGAGAACUCAACCUGCACUGGUCGCCCCGCAUGCGCAACGAGCAGGAGCCCAGUGUCAUGGUCCACGACUACUUCCGCAAGUGCAUCGCCGCGAAGCAGCCGCUCUCGGUGCGCAAGGUCGGGCUGCAGAACCUCUACGCCCUGCACACCGAGGAGUUCAACGUGGCCAUCGACAACGGCGCGCUCGAAGAGGUGACCAUCCUCAACAAUUGCGGCGCGGAUCUGUCGAUGAACACGUUUGUCGACAGCACCUGGCCCACCAUGCCGAAACAGAACCUCCGGAUCAAGAGUGUCCGACAGGAUGCCGUCGGCCGGAAACAUGCCGAAUUCAUCGGCUCGUUCAGCGGGCUGGAACGACUGUAUUUCAUCAAUGCCACCACGAACCCCGGCGACGACAUCAACUCCCCCCGACCGCUGCUCCCGGCGACCGCUCUCACGCCCCCGGGCUCCGACCACCCGCCCUCGGAGACGAACGGGUCCGGGUCCUAUGCGGUGGCGGCCAACUCGCCCAGCCUGCAAUCCAGCAUGCGGGAUCUCUACCUCAACAACAUCACCCUCAACCACGCCGCCACCUUACGACACCUCCUACUCCCCGCACGAUGGCCGCUCUCCGCGUCGGCCGUGGCCCGCUUGGUGCACGCCAGCCCGCAACUCGAACAGCUGGGCUUCGCCACAGAGUUCAGCGAUAUAGAAUCACUAGGUCUCCUACUUCCGUUCCUCCGCAACCUGGUCGCACUACGUCUAUUGGUGCCCACCAGUCCGACAUCCGAGACACAACGGGCGCCCCCCUCCAAGACGGCCCGGUACGCCUCCAAGUCCGCCAACAUGCUCGCCAAGGCGCAGAGUCUCGCGGACGUGGUCGAAGUGGAGGACGAGUACCUGAUCGCCCGGCUAAGCGAAGGCCUCGCCGACCAGCAGGUCUUCCACCGGCUGAAGGUGAUUGGCUUGGGCCGGAAAGGAUUCCAGCUCGGCGACUACUACACCGUCCCGGUCGACGAAGCGGAGCAGGGACACGAGCGCAGCCCUACCUUUGGCCUGCCAGGGUCAGCUCCGCCGCCGAAAUCCAACCCGCCCUCGACGCUCGGGAAACGGAGACGAGAGGACGGGUCAUCCGCCACGGCGCCAGAUCACACACCGAGCAGCGCAACGGAGGAGCCCACCCCGGCAGAGACGGAGGAAGUGUUGGAUGAUCCGUGCGUGCAUAAAAUCUUCAGGGAGGGGCGGUACUGGCGUCGGCAUGUGAGACGGGUGGGCUGGGAUGUGCUGCAGCGGUGGGAGAUUUGGGGGUUGGAUAAACUGGAGUUAUGAUGCGGAUCGGACGGACGGCGCUUAUGAUUCACGGUGGCACAUGUGUCUGGGUAUAGAGAUGGAUAGAUGGUGC